AUGGCAGGCCAGCACGUGAUUCUAUUGAUGGAUAACUUUUCUGCGCAUGAAGCUGCAGUUAAGGAGGUCACCGCAGAUCUAAAGCAUACAGCUCUAUGGAAGCAACAGUGGGUUCGAUAUAUUAUUGACGAAUUCGAUUGUGGAAUUGAUCCUCUAUCUACAAUGACAAUCCUUCGUGCCGUACGGUGGGCAGUUAAUAUAUGGGAAGAUCAAGUCACAUCAACAACAAUUACCAAUUGCUUCAAGAAAGCUCUUCAUGAUGAGACUGAGGAGGAGUUUGAGAGCGCGUUAUUGAUAUAUGAUUUGGAGAAUAGUCUGCAGGAUCUAAAGCUUACAAACUGGGUUCAAGAUGUCAUGGAUAUCAAUCAAUUUCUGAAUUCUCCAGAUGAGCAAGUCAACGAUACAGUGAUGGAUAUUGAUAAUAUUGUUCUAAGCCAAUUCGAACUCCCUCAGACUGAUGAGCUGGAGGAAGAUGUUGUUGAGGAGCCUAUUCCACUCAUUACAUCCCAAGAGGCUUUAUAA